CAUAGGAACUAGCACGCCGAACGAACUCCGGAGUUUCUUGCUAGAACCCAAUGUCGACGAGUAAUAAUAAUGGUAAUCAGUAACAACGGCAAAAAGAAGUGGACCGCGGCGAGAUAACGCUUUACGCGAUCAGUCAUAGCGCAGCCGAGGUUCUCGGGAGCAAUUCGCCGAGUUUUCUCGAUUUCGCCAUCGCUUUCGCUGGAUAUAGCUUCAUCUAAUUUCCCCCCCUCCUUCUCUCGUUUCUCUCCUUCGGUGGCACAUAGUGGCAGGUUCUAACGACUCGAUAGCCUGCUCGCAAGGGAAUAGAAACAGUCAAUCGUUUUCAUUACGUCUUCAGAUCUUCGUAUACUCAAGCCAAGAAGACCUCGAACUUGAACUCGAACUCGAAUUUCGAUACCCCUACCAAAAACCACAUCAUAGGUCAGACAAGCCACAGCGAAACCAGCCCUCACAACCUAAACACCACACCACACCACCGCCAUGCCACAAACCACGCAACCCAUGCCCGCGCAGCUCGAGGCCGUAAAAACCGCGAUCCGCGCGCUGCUGCACCAGCCCUCGUACGAUGACGGCUCCGCGGGGCCCGUGCUAGUGCGCCUCGCGUGGCACGCGUCGGGCACGUACGACGCGGCCUCGGGCACAGGCGGAUCGCAGGGCGCGGGUAUGCGGUGGGAGGCCGAGGGCGGGGACCCUGCGAACGCGGGGCUACAGCACGCGCGCGCGUUCCUCGAGCCCGUCAAACACGAGUUCCCGUGGAUCACAUACGCGGACCUGUGGACGCUCGCGGGCGCCGUGGCGAUUUCCGCGAUGGGCGGGCCGGAAAUCGAGUGGCGAGGGGGCCGGUCCGAUUUCGAGGACGAGAAGGAUGAGAGGGUGCCGCCUAGAGGACGGUUGCCGGAUGGCGCGUUGGGAGCGGACCAUUUGAGAAGUGUGUUUUAUAGGAUGGGGUUUGAUGAUCGGGAGAUUGUUGCGCUGAGCGGGGCGCAUAGUUUGGGGAGGUGUCAUAUAGAUAGGAGUGGGUUCGAGGGCAAGUGGGUUAAUAACCCGACGAGGUUCUCUAAUCAGUAUUUUAGGUUGUUGCUUGCGAAUGAGAAGGAGUGGAAGAGGAAGACUUUGGCGAAUGGUGUUGAGCAGUUUGUCUAUACGGAGGAGGUGGAUGCGGAGGCGGAUGGUGAGGACGGGGAGAAGGUGGAGGAGCUGAUGAUGUUGCCGACGGAUAUGUCGCUGCUUAGCGACCCGGAGUUCCGACCGUGGGUGGAGCGGUACGCGGAGGAUAAGGAGUUGUUCUUCGAGCACUUCGCGAAGGUGUUUGCGAAACUGCUGGAGCUGGGGAUUAAGAGGGAUGCAAGUGGAAACGUCGUUAACGAGAAUACUGAGGGGUAUAAGAGCGCGCCGAAGAAGAGUGAUACGGCUACGGCGGUAAAGGAGGAUGAGAAGAACCAGAGGAGAAAGGAGGGUGCGAAGUUAUAGAUAACGGGUAUAGAUCGUAGAAUGGGUGUGUUGGACAUUUGAUAGACGGCUAGAUAGUUAGACUAGUAUACCUAGGUAGAUUAGAGUCGUAGACGUAGAGUUGGUACGAUACCACGUAGAACCUAUAGACUGGAUGGACUGGACUAGAUCAUAAAGUUCAUAAUUCGUCGUUAUCAUAUCAUCAUGUAUAUUGUUAGCUGAAGCCAUCUCGGGUCUUACCAGCCAUUUGAUGAACUCGUCAAAAGGGGACAAG